GCGCAGGCGCGAUUCCGGAGGCCGAGCAGCGGGCGGCGGGGCGGGGCGGGGCGGGGCGGGCACGGAGUGAGUCUGCGCACUGCGCGCUCUCGCCCGCGGAGCCGCAGUCUCGGGAGCGCCGCGGAGGUGUUUCGGGCGUCUCUGGCGAGCCUUUGCCGCGAACCGGCUGUCGCUGGGCUGCGCCCCGAGCGGGGACGUCCGCCGGGCGCGGGUGCGGGCCACGAUGCCGAUCAAUAAAUCAGAGAAGCCAGAAAGCUGCGAUAAUGUGAAGGUGGUUGUUAGGUGUCGGCCCCUCAAUGAGCGAGAGAAGUCAAUGUGCUACAGACAGGCUGUCAGUGUGGACGAGAUGAGGGGAACCAUCACUGUGCAUAAGACUGACUCUUCCAAUGAGCCUCCAAAGACAUUUACUUUUGAUACUGUUUUUGGACCAGAGAGUAAACAACUUGAUGUUUAUAACUUAACUGCAAGACCUAUUAUUGAUUCUGUUCUUGAAGGCUACAAUGGGACUAUUUUUGCAUAUGGACAAACUGGAACAGGCAAAACUUUUACAAUGGAAGGUGUUCGAGCUGUUCCUGAACUUAGAGGAAUAAUUCCCAAUUCAUUUGCUCACAUAUUUGGUCAUAUUGCAAAAGCAGAGGGUGAUACCAGAUUUUUGGUUCGAGUGUCUUAUUUGGAAAUAUAUAAUGAAGAAGUUCGUGACCUUUUGGGCAAGGAUCAGACACAAAGGUUAGAGGUUAAAGAAAGACCCGAUGUGGGAGUUUAUAUCAAAGAUUUAUCAGCUUAUGUGGUAAAUAAUGCUGAUGACAUGGAUAGAAUUAUGACACUAGGCCACAAAAAUCGUUCUGUUGGUGCAACUAAUAUGAAUGAACAUAGUUCCCGUUCUCAUGCCAUCUUCACAAUCACCAUAGAGUGCAGUGAAAAGGGUGUUGAUGGAAACAUGCAUGUCAGGAUGGGGAAGCUCCAUCUUGUAGAUCUUGCUGGUUCAGAAAGACAAGCGAAAACUGGAGCUACUGGACAGCGCCUAAAGGAAGCUACAAAGAUCAAUCUUUCUCUUUCCACCCUUGGUAAUGUAAUUUCUGCCUUGGUUGAUGGAAAAAGCACUCACGUACCUUAUCGUAACUCUAAAUUGACACGUCUUCUCCAGGAUUCCUUAGGAGGAAAUUCAAAAACCAUGAUGUGUGCAAAUAUUGGGCCAGCAGAUUACAAUUAUGAUGAAACUAUCAGUACGUUACGGUAUGCCAACCGUGCUAAGAAUAUUAAAAAUAAAGCUAGAAUUAAUGAAGAUCCAAAGGAUGCUUUGCUUCGUCAGUUUCAGAAAGAAAUAGAAGAACUGAAAAAGAAGCUUGAAGAAGGGGAAGAAAUAUCAGGCUCUGAUAUCAGUGGGUCAGAAGAAGAUGAUGAUGAAGAGGGUGAGAUUGGAGAAGAUGGAGAGAAAAGGAAAAAAAGAAGGGAUCAAGCAGGUAAAAAGAAAGUUUCUCCAGAUAAAAUGGUUGAAAUGCAAGCAAAAAUUGAUGAGGAGAGAAAAGCACUUGAAACAAAGCUUGACAUGGAAGAAGAAGAAAGAAACAAGGCUAGAGCUGAAUUAGAGAAACGGGAAAAAGAUCUACUUAAAGCCCAACAAGAACAUCAGUCUUUGCUAGAAAAAUUAUCUGCCCUGGAGAAGAAGGUAAUUGUUGGUGGUGUUGAUUUGUUGGCCAAAGCUGAGGAACAAGAGAAACUUCUUGAAGAAUCUAAUAUGGAACUGGAAGAAAGAAGGAAAAGAGCAGAGCAACUUCGCAGAGAACUUGAGGAAAAAGAACAAGAACGCUUAGAUAUUGAAGAAAAAUAUACCAGUUUGCAAGAGGAGGCACAGGGAAAGACGAAGAAAUUAAAGAAAGUUUGGACUAUGCUUAUGGCUGCCAAGUCAGAGAUGGCUGAUCUCCAGCAAGAACAUCAGAGGGAAAUCGAAGGCCUUCUGGAGAACAUUCGGCAACUUAGCCGGGAGCUUCGGCUUCAGAUGCUUAUUAUCGACAACUUUAUACCUCAGGAUUAUCAGGAAAUGAUUGAAAACUAUGUGCAUUGGAACGAAGACAUAGGAGAAUGGCAGCUAAAAUGUGUUGCAUAUACAGGAAACAACAUGAGGAAGCAAACCCCAGUACCUGAUAAAAAGGAGAAAGAUCCGUUUGAAGUGGACCUUUCCCAUGUGUAUCUCGCUUAUACUGAGGAGAGUCUGCGUCAGUCUUUGAUGAAAUUAGAGAGGCCACGGACUUCAAAGGGGAAAGCGAGGCCAAAGACAGGGAGAAGAUUCAUGUAAAGUAUCAGGGUGGUCAAGGAGAGAUUCUGCGUCAACAUGCUUGUCCCACAAGUGGAAGCCAUUUGACAAGCUUUUCACUUACUUUCUGGAGAAAGGGGACAUUUUUUUGCAGCAGGAAAUUUAAGGUUACUUUGGGGGAGAGGGUGGUGGUACUUCAUCUGUAACAUGUUUUUAAAAUUAUGAUUAUGGUUUUUGGGUGUUUUUUUGUUUUGUUUCUUUUUAAGUCUAUUUUUAAUAGACUCUUAAGGAAGGUCCCUCUCCUUCCUACAGAGCUGUGAAUUAAGGAAUGGGUAGAGUUUACAUUUAAGUAUGCCAGUGUCUGCCCAAUUUCUUAAUGUAUACGUUGUUUUCCUUUAAUUAUUCUUUGUUCUUAAAAUACUAGAAGAAAACAUAGAUCUUUCUAGUGCCUUUGAACUUAUACUGUAGUCUCAUUAAUUUAAAUCAUUAAUAACUUGUAUACUGGCCAAAAUUACAAAUUAUACAGUAAGUUUGUUGCAUCAAUCUCAAAAGCCACACUUUCAUUGUAUUUUAUGUAUAAAUUGUAUUUGUUCAAGUUGUAUAUAUAGAUAUUGUAUGUAUACAUGCAGCAUGGCUAAAUAGGAAUAAAAAUCUUUUCCCUACU